AUGUCUGCAGCAGCAAAGCAGCGUCUCCAGGCCCUGAGCAAACAGCUCGUUGAGGGCAUACCCUCCGAGGGCACCUUCGAGGACAUCCCCAAGAUUCGCCAUGUCGCUGGAGACUCAGCUGGACCGCGGGCAAAGGACAAGGUAGUAAUCGUGACCGGUACAAACUCCCCCAGCGGCAUUGGUCGCGCCAGCGCACACCAAUUCGCCAACAAUGGCGCCAGAGCAGUCUACAUCUGCGACUUCAGCGACACCCAUCUCGCAACACAUAAGCGAGAGAUGGAAUCACUGUACCCAGGUGUGGACAUCCACGCACGAUCAUUUGAUGCUGCCGAUGAAAAGGCUGUCGUAGCUGUCAUCGACGAAGCAAUCAGCAAGUACGGCCGCCUAGACGUUUUCUUCGCAAACGCCGGUAUCGUGGGCCAACCUAAAGUAUUUACGGACAUCGACGCCGACGGAUUCAUGAAUACCAUGCGAGUAAACGCUCUCGGCGUCUUCCUAGCAGCCAAACAUGCCGCCCCAGCAAUGAAAAUAACAUCCGCCUCAAAGCCAUACCCCAGCGGCUCAAUCAUUGGCACAGCAUCUGUAGCUGGCCUCCGGUCCAAUGCCGGAUCAACAGACUACUCCGCCUCAAAGGCGGCCGUGGUCUCUAUCGCGCAGACGGUGUCCUACCAGCUCGCGGGCACUGGGAUCCGCAUCAACGCAAUUUGCCCCGGGCUGAUUGAGACAGGGAUGACGAAGACUGUGUUCGACCGGGCCCGGGAGCGUGGCACUGAGCGCAAGAUUGGACAACUGAACCCGCUGCAGCGGGGUGCUGUUGCUGAUGAGGUUGCGCGUGUUGCGCUGUUCCUUGGUAGUGAUGAGUCCAGCUAUGUCAAUGGACAAGCUUGGGCUGUUUGUGGUGGAUUGAGUGCUGGACACCCUGUUGUGCCCGGGAAGUUGGCUUGA